AUGCGCUGUGGCUGGGUCGGACCCUACACGUCCCGCUGGAUGCAACAGCUCUGGGUCAUGUGGGCAGAGCUGAGGUCAGACCAGUCUCCUCCAGCACUAACUGUGAUUGGCAGUUGGGAAGAAGGGUGCCUCGUGGACACAGUCCCUGGCUCGGCCAUUCUGGAGCCUGAGCUCGCAGGGAGCAAAACGAUUCACCUGCUCCAGACAGGCAGCUGUUACCCAUUUGGCACCUGUGGUGGGGGCGGUGCCUCCAGCUGGAGGGUAGGAAGGGAUGGGGCAGGGAAUGCCCAUUUACCAGCCCUCUCCUGGGAUCUGGGCACUCGCACGGCCAUCCUGCGAGGGAGGCUUUAUCAUCCUGAUGUUACGGAUGAGGAGCUGAGACCCUCAUGGGACUUGCCUGAAGUCAGAGACGGUGGGAUCUCCAGCCACACAGCCUCCGUCCUGCAGAGGACUGAAAGAUCAGAACAGCCAGGAAUGAAAGGACUGCAGAGGCCUUCAGAUGAUCUCCAGGCUGCAGUACCCAGAGGUCUGGUUUCUGACCCAAGUGCCUGUCCAACCCGAGAGCUGCUGCAUCGCCUUUUGGGAAAGGCUGGCCUGGAGAGAAUCACAGCAGGCUACAGGCAGAAGAAGCUCAAGAGAGAAGUCGAGAAGCACAAGCUUUUUGAAGACUAUCUGAUUAAGGUCCUUGAGAAAAUCCCGGAGGGCUGCACGGGAUGGGAGGAGCCGGAGGAGGUGCUGGUGGAGGCCAUGGUGAAGCACUACGGGAAGCUCUUCACAGCCAGCCAGGACACGCAAAAGCGCCUCGAGGCCUUCUCCCAGCUAAGCCAGGCCGUCCGCCGGAGCCUGGAGGCUCUAGAGGAGGACCACAGAGCUCUCAUGCCGAGCCUCAAGAUCCGGCUGUGUCAGCUGCAGAAGAAGUGUUACCACAAGCAGGAGCAGUGGUGGCAGCUGAAGCACACUUGCCAGAAGGACAUCUUUGACACACACACCACCAGCAGCUAUAAUGAUCAGCUGCUCGGCUACAUGCAAAUGACCAUCACCAACAUGGCCCGGCAGUGCUGCCCCUCUGCCCACGGCGUGCCCAAGAGCAUGGAUCUCUUCUCCAAGCUCGAUCUGAUUAAGGAGUUCAUGUUGGACAAAAUGGAGAUUGUAAGACUGAUCGCACUGCUCACGGAACCCAAAGUGUGCUGGUCAUGGGACAGCUUCAGGGACCAGUGGCUCAGAGGACACCCCAAACCCUUCAGAAAAUGUCCAAGGAGCCGGGUUUCCACCCCCAGGACACCCUGUCCCAGGCCCCAUGCUUCAGAGUGCUCCAGCCUGUACUGA